CGGAAGAGGCCUGUGAGGACCAGUACAGCGCGGGGCCGGAGGCCCCGCCCCCACGGCGACGCUCCAAUCGGCCCCGAGCGGCGAGUCGGCUUCCGCGCCUGCGCGGCCCAGCGGAGCCGGGCGGCAUGGCGGGCGGGGCCCGGGAGGUGCUCACGCUGCAGUUGGGCCACUUUGCGGGCUUCGUGGGAGCGCACUGGUGGAACCAGCAGGAUGCUGCGCUGUGCGCCCCGACCGGCGGCAGGGAGCCGCCGGCAGAGCUGUGUCCCGACGUCCUGUACCGGACGGGCCGGACGCCGCACGGCCAGGAGACCUACACGCCCAGACUGAUCCUCAUGGAUCUCAAGGGUAGCCUGAGCUCCCUAAAACAAGAAGGUGGCCUCUACAGGGACAGACAGCUGGACGCGGCAAUAGCUUGGCAGGGAAAGCUGACCACACACAGGGAGGAACUCUGUCCCCAAACCCCUGGCCUCCAGGACCUUCUGAGCGCAGAGGGAGUGCUGAGUAGUGAUGGUACCUGGAGGGUCAAAUCCAUUCCCAAUGGCAAAGGCCCCGCACCGCUCACCACUGCGACAGCCCCCAGACCGUUCAUCCCCACGGGGGGCAGCAUCAGGGUCUGGUCAGAUUUCCUCCGGGUCCAUCUCCACCCCCGGAGCAUCUGUAUGAUUCAGAAGUACAACCACGAUGGGGAAGCGGGCCGCCUGGAGGCCUUUGGCCAGGGCGAGAGCAUCCUGAAGGAGCCCCGGUACCUGGAAGACGUGGAGGACAGGCUGCACUUCUACGUGGAGGAGUGUGACUACCUGCAGGGCUUCCAGAUCCUGUGCGACCUGCACGACGGCUUCUCCGGGCUGGGCGCGAAGGCCGCAGAGCUGCUCCGAGACGAGUACUCGGGACGGGGAAUUAUAAGCUGGGGCCUGCUCCCUGGGCCCUGCGGUCGCGGGGAGCCCCUGAAGAACACCUAUCGUGUGUUGAACACCGCGUUGGGCCUGGUGCACAUGUCCGCCCACAGCUGUCUGGUCUGCCCCCUAUCCCUGGGUGGCAGCCUGGGGCUGCGGCCAGAGCCACCCGUCACCUUCCCUCACCUGCGCUACGAUGCCACUCUGCCCUUCCACUGCAGUGCCAUCCUGGCCACGGCCCUGGACGCGCUCACCGCUCCGUACCGCCUCCGCUCCGCGCCACUGCCCAUGGCCCACCUGGCAGAUAUGCUGAACUUCUCUGGGAAGAAGGUGGUGACUGCAGCGGCAGCUGUCCCCUUCCCCCUGGCCCCAGGCCAGUCCCUUCCUGAUGCCCUGGUGCAGCUGGGAGGGGCCGCCGCAUGGACCCCGCUGUCUGCAUGUGGGAGCCCUUCUGGGACACGCUGCUUCGCCCAGUCCGUGGUGCUGAGGGGUGUGGACAGAGCGUGCCACACCAGCCAGCUGGCCCCGGGGACCCCUCUGCCCUCACUGCUGCACGCGUGCACCGCCGGGGAAGACGUCUUGGCCCAGUACUUACAGCAGCAGCAGCCCAGAGUCAGGAGCUCCUCCCACUUGCUGCAGGCUCCCUGCAAGGUGGCUCCCCCGUACCCCCGCCUCUUCUCCCCAGGCCUCAGCCGGGAAGGUCUGCUGGCGGACGGCCCCCUUUCCCGUCCCUCCGCAGCCGUGGAGAGCGUUCCCGUGCUCGGCGCCCUCUGCUCCUCCUCGGCCCUGACCCGGGCCCUGGGGGACCUGGCUGGGGAGCUCAGCAAGCUGGACGUGCGGCGCUGCGCCAGCUUCCUGGCCGCGGGGGUGGAGCAGGCGGAGCUGGACGAGGCGCUGCAGGAGCUGCGCAGCCUGGCCCAGCGCUACCAGAGCGGCGGCCUCGGGGACUAGGCGCGGCGUGCGCGGGACGGAGCCGGUUUACAAUAAAGACCGCUGGCCGCCGGAGCUCGGUGCUCUGGGACUGGCCACGCCAACACAA